AUGGCCACGAAGGUUGAUGCGAAAAUGCGGGCCAAUCUUCAUAGACUUAUCGGCCACGGAGCGUUUGGGGCAGUAUACUCGUUAAAGAACAACAACAAAGACGUGAUAAAAGUGAUUGACUUAGUUAAGCUCACUGACGAUGUGCUGGCAAUACUUCAAAGCGAAAUCUCCAUUCUACCAAAGAUGAAGCACAGAAAUAUAAUCGAAUAUAAGCAGAUUGUACGUGGUGAGCGCUACCUCUACAUCCGUAUGACCUACUAUCCAGAAACUCUCAGAGACAUUAUAACCUCUCACACAUCUUCUGGUAAGUGCCUUAGCGACACUCAGAUUCUUGACAUAGCGCAGCAGCUCUCUGAAGCAUUGGCUUACCUUCACAGCCCGACAAAGCGUGAUAGUGAUGGACGAUUACUCCCGCCAAUCAUUCACAGAGACAUCAAACCGGAAAACAUAUUAGUCAGUAAGGAUCGAACAGCAUAUGUUUUAGCAGACUUUGGACUUUGCCGGGUUUUAGAACGAAAUCAAUAUGCAAAUACAACUGCUGGUACACCGUUUUAUACGGCACCAGAGAUCAGGCAGAAGAGGAAAUAUGACACCAAAGCAGACAUGUGGAGUCUUGGGGCAGUUCUCUACGAGCUUGCUACCGGAGAGCGUCCUAAUUUGCCUCUGCAGUGGAGACAAACAGAUGCAGCAAUGCACUGGAAGCGAGUAUUCUCCAGGCUGAGAAAUGAUUACAUUCGUGCCAUUAUCUCCCAUCUCCUUAUCUCAGAUCAAGAUGACCGUAGCACUGCCGCCGAGUUACUUCAGCUUCUAAAAGAGUUUGAAGGCAGCAUUCUUUUGUGCCAGCAAUCCACCUCUUCACAUUCAUCUACUUCUAGCCUAGGUGCUACCAACACAGCAGAAAGUCCAUCCUUACCUAUCUCAUCCACUGCGUCGCAUCAAGACGAACAAGAUAAUGUCAUAAUUGAAACAAGAACCACAGAGACAAACUCUAACAACCUCACAGAAGUGUAUAAACGCAUAGACAGACUGUCCGAACGACACCAUAGUAUGACGGGGCAGCUACUACAACUUGUGGAGCUGUGUCAGGAAUUGCGAGCUGAAAAUAAGGAGCUUAGAACGCAACUAAGCCAGUUAGGCAUGGAUAUCAAGCGUGUAAUUAGUGAGAUUAUUCCGAUUGAAACACGCAUCAAUGAGCUAGCUCGCGAAAACGGCACUAUCAAAAAUCGCUUGUCUGACCAAGAGAUCAAGCUCCAUGAAUUGGAUAUUGCUGUCAAGAUACUAGAAGACACGUGCGACGAGCUAAGGCCGCCUAGCGCCCGCUUCAGGGGCACCGACAGCCUCAGUGGCCUAGAAAGUCAGUCAAGUGAAAAUUCACUACCCGAGCUUGUUAAAUGA